AUUAAUUUAAUUUAAAUUCAAAUUUAAUUAAAAUCACUCAUAUGAUUGUGAUUUCUCUUUGUCUUGUUGUUAGUGACUGCUGGCUAGCUAGUUUCAUAAGACUAGAAGAUUUAUUUAUUUUGUAAAACCAAGCAAAAAGCUUCUAUAUCUAUUUUUUUUCGUGUGAUACCUACAUAUUGCUACUAUGAAAACAAAACCUCCUACCUCUAAAAUGGUAACUUUUUAAGAGAAGGAAAAAACUUUCUUAACAUUUAUUGGAAGUUAAUCUAAAAAGAUUUUUCCCCCAAGAAAUUUCAGACCAUUUCUUUUGGACCAUUCAUUGUUAAACACACAAUGCAAGGAGAAGCUGAUGUUUUCAAAUUAUGUACAAAAAAAAGAAAAAAAAAAGACAAAAAUGGAAAUCCAAGGUUUAGUUCAGACAGUCAUGCUACGUAGGCUUUCCAAGUGUCCUUUUUUAUGGACAGAGAGUCCAGUUUUGAUCUCUGUCAUUCCUACCCAGAGUCUGAUUAAGUCUCACUCUAAAGGCAUUUGAUUUGUUGUGCUAUUUUAACCCAUACUGCUCUGUGAUUGAGAUAUCAUAGAUCUAUAUGUGGAGUCGGUACUGAACAAAAGAAAACCUGAUAUUAAAACUUUUUAUCAUCUAAGUGUGAGUCUAAGGUGUUUUAACAUGCAGAUAACCAGUCAGAUAUGUCACUGCUCUUGGUUAACCAGCUCAGUGUCUUAAUAUCAAAUCAAAUCAAAUUUAUUUGUAUAGCGCUUUUUACAACGGAUGUUGUCGCAAAGCAGUUUCACAGAAUUCCAGAAAAGACCAAAUAGACUUGACAGUAGAUAUUAUGCAGUAGACUGUGCUGUGCAGCUAAUGCAUAGUGUGUUUCAAGUGGUGAAAAAGUCACUCAUACAUGUGUUUUAGACAGAUCAUGUAUUAUUUUCAUCUUAAUACUUAAAUCUAUUUUUGAUCCACAAACUUUUCAGUUAGAGGUUUAUUGCUACAAUAAAUACUUUGAAGUGCAUGUAUUAAUAUUUUCUGUUUCUAAUUUUUAAUUUCAAGUUCAGAAUGUUUUGAAUAAAUGCUGAAUGGCAUAUUCUUAAUUUUACACAUCUUUAAUACUAUUGAUCAGUACACUUAAAUCACGUGGUAUGAACUCUGCGUCCCCCCAAAAGUUGAAAUGAAACCGACACCACUGCUGAUAGCUCUUGAGAUGUUUUGCACCGUUAUGAGCAAAACAUCUAAAUGUUGCCUCACCACAAGUUUCCACUGAUUUGAGCUGUGCCUUAAGUGCCACAGUGUUAUAUUAUUUCCUUUGCAAAAUAGCACUUAAAUUAAAAAUGUGAUUUUCACUUAAAAAGUGAUUUUAGUGAUUUUUGGAGCAAAUUUUUAAUUUAUGCGGCCUUGAGGAUGGAUACUGGACCAAUUUUCAUAAUAAUUCCCCUCAGUCUGCUACUUCUGAAUCCAUUAGAAGCUGGACUGUCAGCACCGCGACAUGUGAAUGGCACAAAGGGAGGCAAUGUAACAAUACGCUGUAAAUAUGACAUUAAAGCCCACAGUUCUUCACAGUCCUGGUGUAAGGUGUUACACUCUUACACUGACCAAUGUGAGAACACUGUCAGUCCUGUUUACAAGGACCUUAAUGGAAGAGUGAGAAUUGAAAAGCACUCCAACUAUUUUGAUGUCAUUAUGGAGAGUCUUCAGAUGAAAGAUUCUGGAACUUAUCGCUGUGUAUAUGGGUACCCGCAUUACUUCAAUGAAUGGAAGAUAUUAACAGCAGAUGUUGAACUUAUUAUAACAGAUCCACAGAUAUUUUUAACAACUUCAGCAGUGGCUACAAUAAACACUGUUACAAAGAGAUCUGCCAAAACUGUUACAGCAAGAAAAGAUAUGCAUCUUGCCAAAGCAUCAAGUAAAGCUUCGAGUCCUAUCAAAGGAGCUCUCAGUCAAAGUCCUCUGCUCUAUGGCAUCAUUUGUCUCCUUGCCAUCAUAGCCAUUACUCUUCUGAUGAUUUUACUCAAACUGUACUGCAAAAGACGCAAAGAUCGUGUACAAAGUCCUGAUCUUGGUGGAGGCACUUUUCACAUGAGCGAUAUCAGAAAUGACUUAUAUCUUGCAAAUCCUGUCCCUAAACCACCUUACACUGGAUGUACAGAUGAUUCAUCCUCUACUAGCUCAGAGAGCUCAGGUCAUUCAUUCGGGAACAAAUCUGUCAGCACCCACCAUCAGUAUCUGACUAUAAUACCCACUUGUAAGGAUGCAGACUAUGAAAAUGUCCCUGAAGAAAUGCCUUCAGUUCUGCCAGACUAUGAAAAUAUGACUCCAGACAAAGACCAGGACUACGUCAAUAUACCCGAAUCCCAGAACACAUCUUCCACUGAGGACCAAGACGAUGAGGCUGGCCAUCCUAAAGGAAAAUGGAAAAAGAGUACAGCCAGCUGUAAGAGCAGCAGCAGCAGUGAGAGCAGCAGCAGUGACGAAAGUGAAGAAGAAUCAGUAAAUUACAGCUUGGUUGUCUUUAAAAAAGGCACAGAGUAGGUACUCAAAAGACACAGGCUUCCAUGCUUUCUAGCCACAUCAUCUUUUUUUGGGCAGGCAAAAUGCUAAAAGCCUAAUUUUCAUUUUUCUAUCAAGUUACUGACAUUAAUGUUUGCAGCACUAUAGCAAAUUCUGCAUUUCAAGUA